AUGAGACUGAGCCUAGUUGCACGCGUUCCCGGGCCAGCAUAUGAGCAUCUCAAAUCUCAGGUCAUCACAGGUCCGAGUGGAGUUGGCAAGUCCACGCUGAUCAAGAAGCUGAUGGCAGAGUUCCCCGGACAGUUCGGAUUCUCAGUCUCACACACGACACGAGAGCCUCGUGCAGGGGAGGAGGCUGGAAUAGACUAUCACUUCGUGGCACGUGAUCAGAUGCAGCGAGACAUAGAAGCCGGCCUCUUUGUGGAGCACGCAGAGGUGCACGGCAACCUGUAUGGAACCUCCAUCGAAGCAGUGCAGGCCGUCACUCGCCAGGGAAAGGUAUGCUUACUUGACAUCGACGUGCAAGGCGCCGAAUCUGUGCGCCAGUCUGCGCUGGCAGGUACGUGCUCCUUCGUGUUCUUUGCACCGCCGACGGCAGCAGUUCUGGAGCAACGGCUGCGCGGGAGAGGGACUGAAACCGAAGAGAAGAUCCAGAAGAGGCUGUCCAAUUCCUUGAAGGAGCUGGCAAUCUACGAAGCAAAUCCCGGAGCGUGGGAUCUAACUCUCCAAUGGUACAACGAGCAAGUAGAGGAUGCAUACCAGGAGUUUCGAAGUUUUUUGGCGGGCCAACUUCCGAAAGUUGCAUCACCUGAGCAGAUCGCCACUGUUCGCAACUCUCCUGCCUUCCAGGGUGGAGCAUGUGCCAUUCCCUGA